AUGGCUUCGUCUCACGGGAGAAGCGACCUGCGGUUCGCCGACUGGAUGGCAAGUUUACCGCAGAGCAUGCACACCAUCCCGCUCACCAACCUGGCGAUCCCCGGUUCCCACGAUUCCUUCAGCUUCUACAUCGAUGAGGCGUCUCCGGUGGGGCCCGAGCAGCCGGAGACGGUGCAGAACUUCGUUUCUGUUUUCGGCACGGUUGCCAAGAAGCUAAUGAGGAAGUGGCUGGCUACACAGACUAUGAACUUCACCAGCCAACUGGAGGCUGGGAUCCGCUUCUUUGACCUGCGCAUCUCCACUAAGCCCCGCGACCCUGACAAUGAGCUGUUCUUCGCCCACGGGCUCUUCAGCGCCACGGUCAGAGAAGGUUUGGAGCAGAUCAGCAGCUUCCUGUCAGCUCACGCCAGAGAGGUCGUGUUCCUGGACUUCAACCACUUCUACGGCGUGCAGAACCUGCACCACGAAAAGCUGGUGGCCAUGUUGAAAGAGGUGUUUGGAGACAAACUCUGCCCGGUUGUUUUCGCUCAGGAGGUGACUCUGCAGUAUCUGUGGGAGAAGGAGUACCAGGUGCUCGUCUUCUACCACCACCCCAUGGCCCUGGAGGUGCCCUUCUUGUGGCCAGGCCAGAUGAUGCCCUCUCCCUGGGCCAACACCACCGACCCAGAAAAGCUGGUUCAAUUUCUCCAGGCGUCUGUCACUGACCGCAGGAGGAAGGGGACGUUCUUCGUCUCUCAGGUGGUUUUGACACCAAAGGCGAGCACCGUGAUGAAGGGCGUGGCCAGUGGGCUGAGGGAGACAAUCACAGAAAGGGCGUUACCGGGCAUGAUGCAGUGGAUCAGAUCGCAAAGGCCGGGGGAGAGCGGCAUCAACAUCAUCACGGCCGACUUCGUGGAGCUCGGAGAGUUCAUCAGCGCCGUCAUCACCCUCAACUACCACCUGGACGAGGACGACGACGACGACGCCACCUGAGAGCCGGCGAGAGGUUCAGGGGAGCGUAGUCGCCGCCGCUGCUUAGCGCUGGCGGUCGAGUCUGUGCUCACACUCUUUUC